GACACAACAUACAGACAAGACAGAGAGACAAAAGCGCCAAACUUUAACAAAAAAGGCAACAAAAAAUAAAAAUAAAAAAGAAAAUAGAAGCUUACUAUUAGUUGUUUGUUGUGUUCAUCAUCAUCAGAAGAAGACCUUGUGUUUGUGCUCUGCUUCUUCCAUCCGUACAUAAUCAUAAUCAUAAUCAUAAUCUAGGGUUCCAUUUCAACUUAUCUCUCUCAUGACUUCAAUCAUCAUCCUUGUUUGAGGACAUGAGCUCCACCAAUUUGACUGGUUUCCUCUUAGCACUCAUUUCCAGUGCUUUCAUUGGCUCCAGUUUCAUCAUCAAGAAAAAGGGUCUUCAACUUGCCAGAGUCAACGGCCCUUCUGCUAGUGUUGGUGGCUAUGGCUAUUUGCUUCAACCUCUCUGGUGGGUCGGAAUGGUUACUAUGAUUGUUGGAGAGAUAGCUAAUUUUGUAGCAUACAUGUACGCCCCUGCUGUGCUUGUCACUCCAUUAGGUGCUUUGAGUAUUAUUGUUAGUGCUGUCUUGGCACAUUUCCUCUUGAAGGAAAAGCUACAGAAAAUGGGCAUGCUGGGUUGUCUUAUAUGCAUUCUAGGAUCUACUAUUAUUGUACUGCAUGCACCGCAAGAGAUGUCGCUUAGUUCUGUACAACAGAUAUGGAAAUUGGCCAUUCAACCAGCAUUUCUCAUGUACACGACCUCUGCUAUUGCCAUAACAUUGUUCUUGGUUUUGUAUUGUGCUCCUCGCUAUGGCCAAUCUAAUAUUUUGGUUUAUAUUGGAAUUUGCUCUAUAGUUGGGUCUUUGACUGUUAUGAGUGUGAAAGCGAUUGGCAUUGCAAUCAAACUUACAUUAGAAGGUGCAAACCAGAUUUUCUAUUUUCAGACAUGGGUUUUUACAAUGGUUGCUAUCACAUGUAUCAUUAUCCAACUCAAUUACCUUAAUAUGGCAUUGGAUAACUUUAACACAGCAGUUGUUUCUCCAAUCUAUUAUGCAUUGUUCACAGCUUUUACAAUAUUAGCCAGUGCAAUUAUGUUUAAGGACUAUUCUGGACAAAGUAUAGGCAGUAUUGUGUCAGAGCUAUGUGGUUUCAUAACUAUUUUAUCUGGAACAUUUCUAUUGCAUGGUACAAGAGAGCCAGACCCUCCAGUCAAUCCAGAUUUAUAUUCACCAUUGUCUCCAAGAGUAUCAUGGUAUUUCCAAGGCAACAAUGAAUCCUGGAAACAGAAAGAGGAGGAUGUGCCACCCUUUAAUUUAAUAGCAAUUAUACGGCAAGAUCAUUUCAAGUAACAGAUGGCUUAAACCACAAGAAGUUUCAUUUAUUAUCUUCUGCUAUAUCCUUACAUUGAGCAGCUAAACAUAGCAUCAUCCUUACUCUAUCACACUGUGCUGGCAGAGAGGAGAUGGUACUUCCUUUCUUCAGAAUCUGUUCACUGGUAGCAUAUCGAAUGAAGGCUUGAGUGCUCAUGUUUGAAAGGGUUGAUUAAUCACCAUGUUUGCCUUUUUUGUAUCCCUCCUCUAUUCCUUUCUCUAGUGUAUUUCUUAUUGGUUUUUCCUACACCACACUUUUUUUUUGGAGGGGUUUGUGAAGUGAAUGGUUCCUUUUUGUGGUGUUUGGUAGAUGUAGAAGCUAAUCUUUGUAUGUUGAUCUUUAGGAGUUAUAAGGUUGACUUGAUUGUUGAGAUGAUACAACUUUUAACGGAGUAAAAUGAUAAAGAAGUUGAGUGCUCGUCGCACGAUCUCUACUCCCAACAAAA